AUGCCGCCCCAGGAGCAGUACAAUGUAGCUCCCGUACCCUCCUCUCUGUCUACCCCCGACAGCUCCCCCCUGUCUGCCCCCGACAGCUCCCGUACCCUCCCCUCUGUCUACCCCACACAGCUCCUCUCCCGUACCCUCCCCUCUAUCUGCUCUGUCCCCGACAGCUCCCGUACCCUCCCCACUAUCUACCCCCGACAGCUCCCGUACCCUCCCCUCUAUCUGCCCCCGACAGAUCCCUUACCCUCCCCUCUAUCUGCCCCCGACAGCUCCCAUCCCGUACCCUCCCCUCCGUCUGCCCCCAACAGAUCCCGUACCCUCCCCUCCGUCUGCCCCCGACAGCUCCCCUCCCUUACCCUCCCCUCCGUCUGCCCCCGACAGCUCCCUUACCCUCCCCUCCGUCUGCCCCCGACAGCUACCUUACCCUCCCCUCCGUCUGCCCCCGACAGCUCCCGUACCCUCCCCUCUAUCUGCUCUGCCCCCGACAGCUCCCCUCCCGUACCCUCCUCUCUGUCUACCCCCGACAGCUCCCCCCUGUCUGCCCCCGACAGCUCCCCUCCCGUACCCUCCUCUCUGUCUACCCCCGACAGCUCCCCCCUGUCUGCCCCCGACAGCUCCCGUACCCUCCCCUCUGUCUACCCCCGACAGCUCCUCUCCCGUACCCUCCCCUCUAUCUGCUCUGUCCCCGACAGCUCCCGUACCCUCCCCACUAUCUACCCCCGACAGCUCCCAUCCCGUACCCUCCCCUCCGUCUGCCCCCAACAGAUCCCGUACCCUCCCCUCCGUCUGCCCCCAACAGAUCCCGUACCCUCCCCUCCGUCUGCCCCCGACAGCUCCCGUACCCUCCCUUCUAUCUGCUCUGCCCCCGACAGCUCCCGUACCUUCCCCUCUGUCUGCCCCCAACAGAUCCCCUCCCUUACCCUCCCCUCCGUCUGCCCCCGACAGCUCCCUUACCCUCCCCUCCAUCUGCCCCCGACAGCUACCUUACCCUCCCCUCCGUCUGCCCCCGACAGCUCCCGUACCCUCCCUUCUAUCUGCUCUGCCCCCGACAGCUCCCGUACCUUCCCCUCUGUCUGCCCCCAACAGAUCCCCUCCCUUACCCUCCCCUCCGUCUGCCCCCGACAGCUCCCUUACCCUCCCCUCCAUCUGCCCCCGACAGCUACCUUACCCUCCCCUCCGUCUGCCCCCGACAGCUCCCGUACCCUCCCCACUAUCUACCCCCGACAGCUCCCCUCCCGUACCCUCCCCUCUAUCUGCUCUGCCCCCGACAGCUCCCGUACCUUCCCCUCUGUCUGCCCCCAACAGAUCCCGUACCCUCCCCUCCGUCUGCCCCCAACAGAUCCCGUACCCUCCCCUCCGUCUGCCCCCGACAGCUCCCGUACCCUCCCCUCUAUCUGCUCUGCCCCCGACAGCUCCCAUCCCGUACCCUCCCCUCCGUCUGCCCCCGACAGCUCCCGUACCCUCCCCUCUAUCUGCUCUGCCCCCGACAGCUCCCGUACCUUCCCCUCUGUCUGCCCCCAACAGAUCCCCUCCCUUACCCUCCCCUCCGUCUGCCCCCGACAGCUCCCUUACCCUCCCCUCCAUCUGCCCCCGACAGCUACCUUACCCUCCCCUCCGUCUGCCCCCGACAGCUCCCGUACCCUCCCCUCUAUCUGCUCUGCCCCCGACAGCUCCCGUACCUUCCCCUCUGUCUGCCCCCAACAGAUCCCGUACCCUCCCCUCCGUCUGCCCCCAACAGAUCCCGUACCCUCCCCUCCGUCUGCCCCCGACAGCUCCCCUCCCGUACCCUCCUCUCUGUCUACCCCCGACAGCUCCCCCCUGUCUGCCCCCGACAGCUCCCCUCCCGUACCCUCCUCUCUGUCUACCCCCGACAGCUCCCCCCUGUCUGCCCCCGACAGCUCCCGUACCCUCCCCUCUGUCUACCCCCGACAGCUCCUAUCCCGUACCCUCCCCUCCGUCUGCCCCCAACAGAUCCCGUACGCUCCCCUCCGUCUGCCCCCAACAGAUCCCGUACCCUCCCCUCCGUCUGCCCCCGACAGCUCCCGUACCCUCCCCUCUAUCUGCUCUGCCCCCGACAGCUCCCGUACCUUCCCCUCCGUCUGCCCCCAACAGAUCCCCUCCCUUACCCUCCCCUCCGUCUGCCCCCGACAGCUCCCUUACCCUCCCCUCCAUCUGCCCCCGACAGCUACCUUACCCUCCCCUCCGUCUGCCCCCGACAGCUCCCGUACCCUCCCCUCUAUGUGCUCUGCCCCCGACAGCUCCCGUACCUUCCCCUCUGUCUGCCCCCAACAGAUCCCCUCCCUUACCCUCCCCUCUGUCUGCCCCUGA